ACCUUCUGCAACCUUCUGUGUGCAUGCUGUGUGGCCGUGGUCGUCAGUUUCGUUUCGUUGAGGAUCGCUUGGCGACGAAGUCGUCGCGGAACGACCCUGUUUUCCCAGAAUCGCGUGGUCGACGCUUCCCGCGCGCUCCGACCUUUAACUGGCCGUGAACCAAGCCGAGCCGAGUCGAACCGAACCGUCCCGAUCGCACCUUCCGUUCACCGUUGCACGUUGUCGCCCGAAGAGGACACGGACACGACUCGCACGACGGUCUUGUUGAUCGACAUCAACCUCGAAAGUUCGACGCACAAGGACGAGGGACGGGAGAAAGGGGAGAAGAGGUGCGAGAUGCACUGGUGUUAAUCGCCGACAGGCAGCGGAGUCAGGUACGUCGGCAUGCAGAACGGCGACGGCGAGGAGACGCGCACCGCGGCGGAUCGCGAGGAUAAGGCGUGUGGCGAUGGCGUCGAGAAGGUCGUCAUCGAGAAUCACGACGACUCCGAGGCGCCAAGUCACGACGACGGCGCUAAAGAUCCGUGCACCGGGGAGAACGCCACGGAGAGCGACGACUCAAGUAGCAACGCCGAGGACGGCACCGACGCGGAGAGCGACGACGACAAGGAGCAGGACAUCGCCGCCGCCGUUGUCAACGCCACCGCCGCCGUCGCUAGCGCGGACGACCGCAAAAAGAAAUCGCGGAAGUCCGUGAAAAAGGGCGACUGCAUCUGGACCAUGUGUCUCCCGUCCACGUCGGGGAAGGACUUGGCAGAUAAUAGCUAUGGCUGCGAGCACUAUAAGCGAAAGUCCAAGUUUGUGACUCCAUGCUGCAACAAAGUUUACACCUGUCGAUUUUGCCAUGACGAGCAGGAAACACAUACAGUAAAUAGGAAAGAAGUUACAGAACUGAUAUGCGUUCUCUGUGAUACUCGUCAACCUGUCCAAGCUACAUGUCAGAAUUGCCAUUGCCAGUUUGGCAAGUACACAUGUUUAGAGUGCAAUCUGUUCGAUGAUGAAGACAAGAAUCAGUACCAUUGUGACGGAUGUGGAAUAUGCAGAGUCGGUGGUCGUGACAAGUUCUUUCACUGUGCCAAGUGCAACAUGUGUUUGCCGAUUCAAUUACAAAAUGGGCAUACAUGCAUAGAAAAUGUCUCACAUUCCAAUUGUCCUGUGUGCCUGGAAGACAUUCACACAAGUCGCAUACCAUGUCACAUUCCUGAUUGCGGGCACCUGCUUCAUCGUAUGUGUUUUGAAGAAUUGUUGAAUUCGGGACACUACGCUUGUCCGUCCUGUCAAGUGUCACUUCUAGACAUGACGGAUUUGUGGAAGUAUCUGGACACGGAGGUGUCGCUGACACCGAUGCCGGCAGAGUAUAGCGAAUGUAAAACCGAUAUUCUAUGUAAAGACUGCCAUGAGGAAUCUACGGUAAAGUUCCACAUUGUUGGGUUGAAAUGCUUAAAUUGUGGUAGCUACAAUACUUGCAGGAUAAAAGGCUCUCCUUGUUCAGUUCCAGAUUCUGAUGCUCUGAGCGAAGCAGCUGGUAUUACAGAGGAGAAGGAGGGAUCGUAAAGCCAAAAUCGGAAUACUAUCUGAUAGUCUCAUUCAAUCGUGAAAGAAAGGAAUAUUCCGCUACACAGUAACGAAGAAUAUUUUAGAAUUUUAUGUUUAUCUCUUUUUGUAGGAAAUUGCACUUUUUUAGCCUUCGUAGUACCUUUUGAUCGGAUAUAUUUUCCGUUUAGUCGAAGUUAGUAGAAAAGUAAAAUAUCUGUUAAAUGACCACUGAUAUUAUCAAAACUAAUGUAUAACUGCUUUUGAUGAUUAUUUUAUGAUACGUUGUAGCACAAUUUUCGAGGUUAAGUAUGUAGGUGAUUUUAACGUAAGUAUAUUAAAAAAUAUUUCUACAAAGUGGCCUUUUUAAGUUAUAAUUGGAAAUAAUAAUUGAUAAAGUGGUCAACACAUGAAAAUAGUUUGCAGAUGUUAUUUUUCGCGUUAUGUUUACAAAAAUAUCGAUUUUUGUUAAUGUUUUUAUUUUAGACGGGAUAUUCCAGGUUUAUCAUGCAAUAUUUUUGACAUUUAAUAAAUUUAGAAUUGAUUUUCUUUUUAAAAUAUACUUCUAUUUUAUUUUGUUGUAAUUUUUUAAUUUUCAACUAUUCUAAUUUCCAAUUUAUUCUAAUUAAAACUUUUUCUUACAGUUUAGAAACUGUAAAUAUUCUUGACAAAAAGAUAAAUUCUCGAUUAAAUUCCAAAUUAAAAACAAAUAUUGAUAAAAAUUCUUCUAGAUCUUUGGACAUUCUAUAACAUCUAUAAUUAUUUCUGUAUUUCUUUAAGUCUAUUUAGAUUUAUCUUCAAAAUGGUAAUUGCGUUAAUAACAGACUAUAAAUUACGCCUCAGAUAAUAAUUAUGAAAUGACGUAUGUGUACAUACAUAUGUAUGUAUGAAUUAAGAAAAGUAAUAUGAGAUACCUCGAAAUUUUUUAUAUCAUAGACAUUGUAGCACAGUGUCACCCUGUCUCUUAGUAAAAGUACAUGUAUAUGUUGCUGCAACACUAAUUUUUCGUAAAUAUCUGUGAAAUUAAAAUUCUAUCGUUGACAGCGAAAGAUAAUUCAUAUAUACACUAAAUCCUUGCCAUAUUAAAACAUAUAAACUGAUGGCCUAAUUGAUUGUAUUCUAAAUGACAGCAUAUUUCGCAGAAAUCGACUGUGUAGAAACAAGUGUUAAGCCUGAUAAAUUUCUAUUCGUGCUUGGAAACUUGCAAUCUUGUACAUUCUGUUUUAUUUAGGAAAAGAUCUCAUUUAGUCGUAAUCUAGUCGUGAAAGAUCGAGCGUAUAUUGUUGUUCUUAUUACGAUUUUUCUCGUAAGUGUGAAUGUUUUAUACAAAAUACAGAUGAUUCCACACUCACGGGUGGCACAUAAUGCAACAAUAAAAUGUAUCAAUGUAGUGAAUAAUUAGGGAAAAAUACUUUUUCGUUGAGUAAUGCUAGAAUAUUAUGUAUGCAUUACUGCAUAUAUUGAAUUUGCAUUUCUUUCGCGCGAAAGAAGCAUUCUUUUAGCAAACUCUAAUAUAUAUGUAUUCACUUAUGAAUAUAUAAAUCUACGUAAUUUGUUUUAGUGUACACAUGUAAUAUCUAGAUGGAAUACUCGAAUACUCGCGGCAUUAAUCUUGCUAACUGUCAUGUUUGAUAAAAAAUAAUUUUCUUAUUACCGAAUAUAUAUUAUAUAUAUAUAGCUAUCAUUAAGUAUAUACUUUAUGUAUGUACUCAUGUAUGUACUUUAUGAUAAACGAUUUAAAAACAUUCGACAAGUUUUCGUUAAAACUCGGAUUUUCGUAGAAUUGUUUAAAAUAUUAAGAGUCGAAUGUUGGUUAAGAUACAAAUUUUUCAAGUGUUACAAAUGCAUUUUUGUAAAGUUUGUUUUUGAAAAAAAAAAACGAACUAACAUCAGUGACUUCAACUUAACCAUUCCAUUUAGCAUUCACAUUUUUAAAUGAAUAUCAGUGAUAUUUGACCAGGUUUUUAUUGAUUGAUGUUUUAGUGAUAUAGUGAUAUUUUUAACAAGCUAGAAAAUAUUGAGCAGUCUAAAAAUCUGUAGGCUUCUUUUUUAUAUGUUAUAAAAAUAAAGCAUAUUUGGAUGCAAAAACAUCAAAAAUUUUUUAGACUGCUCAAUAUUAUAUUGUUACAUUAUACUGUUAUAAUUCCAUAUAUUAGCAAAUAGUACAAUUAAUAAUUAUCACAUUCAAUAAUGUCUUUCUCUAUAGGUAUGUUUUCAGAAAUGAUAUUAAUGGGUGCUAUGAUAAUUAUAUUUAAUUAUAUAUUAUUGCUAGUUCCACUGAAAUAACUUUAAAUGUUUACCUGUUUAGGAUCUGUCAAAAUAUAUAUAUAUAUAUAUAUAUAUAUAUAUAUAUAUAAAUUAAAAAUCUACACAUUAUGUGACCAAUUUGCAUUAAAAAAACUUCGUGACACAGAACAAUAUACGUAGAUUCCAUUGUGAUUAUUAUCACGAUUUUAUUUUAUUCACUUGUAAAUUAAAUAUGAAUUACAAAGGCUCUUUGUACAUAAUGGUUGCAAUAAUGAUUUUGUUUUAUAUUACGUAUAAUAUACUACUGUGUAUCAAAUAAAUCAAUUAUAAU